GUAUAUAUCCAGUUCAUUCAGCUCACUAGAAUGCACCAUUUUCCAUACUACUUCAAAGGUCGCGUCGUAACAGGCUUCGGGCGUGGUGGAAAACAAUUGGGAUGCCCUACGGCAAAUCUAGACGAUACAGCUGUCUCACAAUUGCCGUCUGAUUUCCCAUGCGGUGUGUUCUAUGGCUUGGCACAGGUGGAUGAAGGCAAAUUAUACGGUAUGGUUAUGAGCGUCGGCAAUAAUCCACAUUUCAAAAAUGAACGAAAAACAAUUGAAGUUCAUAUAUUACAUCACUUCGAUGAGGAUUUUUAUGGAGCGGAUCUACGUGCGGUUGCGAUCGGUUAUUUACGAUCAAUGACUGCGUUUAAUUCUCUUGGUUUGUUCUUUUUGGCAAUGAUUUUCAUCAUAUUUUUCAAUAUUAUGUCUUUUGAAUCGUUUUCAGAUGAACUAAAAGUGGCAAUCAAAAAUGAUAUAGCCAUAGCUGAAAUGAACUUACAACAAUGCAACAUGGAACAUUAUGAGCAGAUGGAUCAUUUCCGUAGAGGAAACACCGUUCGAAUUCUUUAG